UAAUAAAGUUUCUAUCAUCUAUGUAUUGUAUUUACUAUUUAGUUACUAAAUACUAAUAUGUAGUUUGGUAUGUAGUUGUAUCUUACAUUUUAUUUUUGUGAAUUCGUAUACUUCGGAACAUUUUCAUUCGGAAGAUUGGUAAAGCGAACUGAAAUAGUGUUUACAAUUAUAUAGAUUUUCAAUUGUUUUAGACAUGUCAGCGUCUGAAACCACCAACGGACAAGUGGCUACUACUCCAGUGGCACCGGCUGUUGAUGCUCCACCAGAGUCGAGUGUUUCAGAAUCUCAGAAGGUAGCUUCCUCCGAGAGUAAUGCUAAAAGGCUGAAAAAUCCCAAACACAAUGCACCCAUGCGCCAAUAUUUAGACCAAACUGUAGUUCCAGCAUUGUUAGUAGGCAUGAAGGAGUUAGUGAAGGAGAGACCUCCUGAUCCAUUGGGGUUUCUAGCUGCAUUUUUAUUGAAGUAUAAAAAAGAACAUGUGGACAAAGACUCAAUUUCAGAAACAUAAAUGGAUUCAUUUUCUUCAAAAAAUAAUUAUAACAAUUAAAUAGACAUAAAUAAUAAUCACAUCUUCUUAUGCUCUUAAAUUUUUUUUUUUUUUUUGCACUUAUAUUCAAAUAUUAUUCAUUUUGUGUGUACAUAAAAAUUCUUUGUUUACCAAGGAAAAUGUUAAUUUUUUUUCUAAUAUCGUAGAAGGCUGAUAAAGCAUUACAUACUUUUUUUUUAUAUAAAGGGUUUUUAAAAACUAAGUUACUGUUAUAACUCAAUGAUAAAAAAUAUUUUAAACCCCAUUAUUACUAUUAUGUUGCCAUGGUAAUUGAAUCAUAACAAACUGAUGUGCGUAAAAGCAUAUUAAAAUCAUGUAGGUAUUCUUAAUCGCAUUGGUGUUGUAACUAUGAUUUAUUGUAUUAAUUAACAAUUUAAUAUUUUAAUGAUUCAAUUAUUUAUUUUAGAGAUUAAAAAUCCGAUUUCAAUAUAA